AGGUGCAAACAAACAACGGCGAUGAGAAAUUACCAAGAACUCCAGAUGUGGUUAUACGUGAGAAAACAUUAGAGAAAUUAUCAAAUGUAACGAAGACAGCCUCGUGACGGAAAUUUACAAGCAAUAUUAACAGAUUUAGAAACACAGGAUGCAAACUGGAUACAUUCUGGGUUUUUUUAUCUUGCCCAUUUUUUUGGAAGGAUGCUGUGAUGAAAACUAUCAAAAGAAAAAAACAGAAACACAACUCUCCCCAGGUCUUCGGCAGGAUGCCGUAUGCCGGCACUACAAAGCAGUGGAGGGGGAAAUCUUUAUGAUGCCAUGCAUAGAGUCUGUGAACAUGGAGGUGGUGUGCUCCAGGACUGGAGAGGGCAGAGAAGGAAACAAAGGCACAUCGUUUGUCUGUGGGAGAAAGUUCCUAGUUGAAGCAAAAUAUUCUGGAAAGUACACAUGCAGGUCUUUGCUGUCCAGCGGCAGCGAGUUGUUCUUCCACCUACAGGUGGUGGAGAGAAUCAGUCUGGGUCCUGGAUGCUUCCAGCCUGAGGAGAUCAGAGAGCUGGUCGUGAAUAUAGGUGGGAAGAUCCCCUGCCCAGGUCUCAACUGUAGUAACAACACAGAUGUCAUCUGGUACAAGGGCAUGACAGCUGUGUCUCGGCUGACCAGAUCCACCUGUCAGGAGGAUGGGUGGUUACAUCUCUGCAAAGUCCGUAAAACUGAUACUGAUGUAUUUUUCUGUGAUAGACAAAUAAAUGAGUCAGGAGUCAUAUGGACCUUCAGGAGGGCUGUUAACGUCAGUGUCAUACCUGACGAAGCAAGUUACCCUCCCAGGAUUGUGCAUCCCGAAAACAACACGAAAGAGAAAGUGGAGCUUGGUCAGUGUCACACUCUGAUGUGCAAGGUAUAUUUUCCUUUUGAGAAAAAGUUUUCGCGGGAGGUGCAGUGGUACAUGAAUUACAGUGGCAACACGGAGAAUAUGACUCUACUACCCAUGGAGGAGCAACAACACACAAGAAUAUCACAUAAAGAGUACAAGGUCAUACGAAGAGCCAUCAUAAAAGAGGUGACUCCACAACACUUGAACUACAGAUAUACCUGCAUCGCAGGCAAUAAUGUUGGAACCAGCAGUCGCACCAUCCAGCUCGUGGAGAAAAUCAAAGUAAAAUGGCCGUCGCUGGUUGGGUAUCCCAUUGUGUCUCUGCUGCUGGUAGCUGGACUGGGAACCGUUUUGCAUGUGAAGUGGCUGGAAAUACAGCUUAUCUACAGAUCCCGCUUCCAACACGGAAAACAGCAUGGAGGUGAGAAAGAAUUUGAUGUGUUUCUGUCGUAUGUGUGGAGCUCCCAGUCAGCAGAGCUGGAGGGAGUUUUGACCCUCUCCCCCCAGAGAGGACCUGACUCUGAUGAGGAAGCAUGUUUGUCCAGCAUGGACCCUCCGAACACUGAGGAGGGUAAAUCCACCCAGAGACCACUAGAAGUGCUGCUGCCCCGAGUGUUAGAGGACUGGUGGGGGUAUCGCCUCUGUCUGCUGGAGAGGGACGUGCCUCCUGGAGGAGCAUAUACAAAUGAUGUGGUCCUUGCAAUAAAGAGAAGCCAAAUGCUGAUCUGUCUCCUGUCAGCCGACUACCUGUCCAACAACAACGCGGUGUUUGAACUGGAAUCUGGAAUCCAGGCUUUGCUGCAAAAUUCUUCCCUCAAACUCCUGCUAAUAUGGACCAGUGGAGCCUCAGCAUCCCUCAUCCAGCCGGACCCCCCACUGCCCCCACUGGUCCAGAGGGCCUUGAAGGUGCUACCCAGUCUGGACUGGACCUCAGGCAAACCUGCCAGAGCCACCAGCAAUUUCUGGAGGUCUUUAAGGAAGGCAAUGCCUGAUCAGAGAGUGAAACUGAGUUCGCUCAUGCAGGACCAAUGAUUUGACUGUGUUACUCAAAAAAGUGUCCCUAACAUUAUGUACAGCAUAUUUAGUUUACAAUACAGCUUUUAUUACUGCAUUCUGCACACUGACACUGUUUGCAGGCCACUGCAUAUUUAUUUUACAAUACAGCUUUUAUGAUUACAUGAAUUAACAAAUGUGUCAAGGUAAUUUCCAUGACGCUAUGGGAUGCCAAAUCAUUAAGUCUCAUUUUCAAAUGUAGGGAAAAAAGUGAGUCACCCUUUUUGCCAUGCUCAGGGCACUUAGUGGUGUGUAAUCAGUUCUUUCUACUUUCCAUCUGUACCAAAAAUAAACUUUCAGUUUAACAAUGCAAAAUAAUCAAUUACCUAUCAACUCUACAAGCAUUAAAAAGAAUGAAAGGAUUUCUACUAGUACAUUGAUAUACAAAAUAUCCCCCCCCCCCCAAAAAAAGAAGGAUGCUAUUAACAAUUAAACUUAGACAAUUACCUUGUUGUAUGGCUGUUUGUAUUUUUGUUGAGAAAAGUUCUGCUGUGAGGUGUCGUUCAUCAUGUAUUGUCACAGCAGACAUGUCAGCAAUAAACAUUUGACACAAUA